AUGAGAGGGGGAAAAUACCAACAGCCCCCUGCAAACGCGCUACCUAGCGCCUUCCGGGUAAAAGUAGAUUACUGGGAGGAUGAGGACCUUCCACCCCACAUCCAGACUGUUCUUCCUGUGGAUGAAUGUGCAUAUAUCUUCAUCAGAGGCACCUGCUUGGAGGAGAUGAGACCCCAAGAGACCCAGCCAGUGCCCCUCUCCUACAGGCUGCUGGAUGGUCGAGACAACCUCCCACCUGUUGUCUUCCUGCAUGGGUUGUUCAGCAACAAAAACAUCUUCCAGGCUGAGGCUGAGGCCCUGGCACAGCAGACAGGCAGGAAGGUAUUGACAGUGGAUGCUCGGAACCAUGGAGAGAGCCCUCAUAGCCCUGACUGCAGCUAUGCAGCCAUGAGUGCUGACCUGCAGGCUCUCCUGUCAAAGCUAGGACUCACCCCCUGUGUCCUCAUCGGGCACAGUAUGGGAGGCAAGACAGCCAUGGCAUUUGCACUACAGGAGCCGGAGCUGGUAGAACGCCUGGUCUCAGUGGAUAUCAGCCCCUUUGUGGCCACGGAGAUGCCAAAUGUCUUUAAAAUUGUACCUGCCAUGAAUUCUUUAAACCUCCUUGGAAGUCUUUCCCACUCCCAAGCCUUUGAAGUAGUUGAUGAGCAUCUGAAGCCAUCCGUCAAGGAUUCAGGUAUUCGGCAGUAUCUGUUCAACAGUCUGGUGCAGGUCAACGGGCAGUAUGUGUGGAAAGUCAAUGCUGGAAACCUGUGGCAGCAACAAAACCAGCUUCUGGAAACUAUUCCAAUCCAGGGAGUCUAUGGUGGCCCCACACUCUUCCUCACAAGCAUCAAUUCAUCCUUUGUCCCGCAAAGUCACCACCCCAAGAUCAAGCUCCUAUUCCCUGAAGCCCAGUUCCAGACCAUCCCUGAUGCUGGCCACAUCCUCCAUAUCAACAAGCCCCAAGAGUUCAUGAAUAGUAUCCUCAGUUUCCUGUCCUAG